AUUGGUGGUAACCUCACAUACUUUAAUUUUUUCCUCUGAUCUUCCGAUAAAAUUCCAGUCAUAAAAAAACCCUAAUCAAGUAUUAAUCUCUGAUUUGUUAAUUUUCAUCAGCACCGGCGUAAUAACAUCAGUACCGGCGUAAUAACAUCAGUACCGGCGCUAAUAAGAUAUAAUUAGCAAUGGACUAUGUGAAGCGAAAAUCGAGGAAGGAGGAGACGAUAAGGAGCCAUCGUGAGCGUGAUACGAGGGAGAGGGAGAAGAUAUACCAUGGAAGCCGCGGUUCUGGUAGAGAGAAAGAAGGACAAAGAGAAGCAAAGGGAUAGAAGGAGCCAGGGCGAUGAAAGAGAAAGGAGUAAGGGAAGGAAGAGAGAACGGGAAGAUACGGUGGAGAAAGGACAGGAAGAUUGGGCGAAGAAGGGGCGUGAGAGGGAGAGACGUAGGGAGAUGGAGAAAAGAGAACGUGAGCAGGAGAAGGAGAACCGUAGAGAGAUUAGGAGCGAUGAUAAUGGUGAAGGUGAUUCUAGGGAGAAUGGCAAAAAACGUCGUAAGAGAGAUGAGGAUGACUACAGGGAGAGAACUUGUGUGCAGAGCAGUAAAGAGAAGAAAACCCGAGAGGAUGACUCUGCUAACAAAGAGAAGAAAACCCGAGAGGAAUUGGAGGAUAAACAGAAAAAAUUGGAUGAAGAAAUGGAGAAGAGGAGAAGACGAGUACAGGAGUGGCAAGAGCUGAAGAGAAAAAAAGAAGAAUCUGAGAAAGAAAAACAUGGGGAAGUAUUAAAUAAUGAUGAACCACAGACAGGUAAAACUUGGACUCUCGAAGGAGAUUCUGAUGAUGAAGAAGUUGGAACUUCAAUUAGUCCUAAUGAUGCUAUGGAGGAUGACGAUAUUAUUGAUUCAUUAGAUGCUUACAUAAAGUCCAUCUUACCAGAAGUCGAGAAGCUAAGUAAUGGAAUGAAGCUGAAGAAAGGCUCUGAGAAAUCACUGGGGAGAAUAAUUGCUGGUGAGGAUUCUGAUUCAGAGUCAGAUAAUGGUAACACUGAGAAUAGUGAAAGCAACUUAGUUGAGGAAGAUGAUGAUGAAGUCAUAAAGAGGGUCAAGAAAACAAAACUUGAAAAGCUGUCUGUUGUUGAUCACUCAAAGAUUGAUUAUAGACCAUUUCGUAAAAAUUUCUAUAAAGAAAUGAAGGCGAUAUCAAGAAUGACUUCUGAAGAGGUUGCUACUUAUAGAAAAGAGUUAGAAUUGAAAGUACAUGGCAAAGAUGUUCCAAAUCCAGUUAAAACAUGGAACCAACUUGGACUGAUAACUAAGAUUUUGAAGACAAUUAAGAAACUUAAUUAUGAGAAGCCUAUGGCAGUUCAAACUCAGGCACUGCCAAUUAUAAUGAGUGGGAGAGACUGCAUAGGGAUUGCAAAGACUGGCUCUGGCAAAACCCUCGCUUUUGUGAUUCCAAUGCUGAGGCAUAUCGUUAACCAGCCACCUGUGGAAGAUGGAGAUGGGCCGAUUGGGCUUAUAAUGGCACCAACCAGAGAGCUUGUUCAACAGAUACAUAGUGACAUAAGGAAGUUUGCCAAGGCACUGGGAAUUAGAUGUGUAACAGUGUAUGGAGGUUCCGGUGUUGCUCAACAGAUCAGUGAUUUAAAGCGGGGAACUGAGAUUGUUGUCUGUACCCCAGGUAGGAUGAUAGACAUACUUUGUACUAGUGGGGGCAAAAUUACAAAUCUUCGAAGAGUGUCAUAUCUUGUUAUGGACGAAGCUGAUCGCAUGUUUGAUAUGGGUUUUGAACCUCAAAUCACCAGAAUUGUACAAAAUAUUCGACCGGAUCGCCAAACUGUACUCUUUUCUGCAACUUUCCCUCGGCAGGUUGAGAUUUUGGCUCGUAAAGUAUUGAACAAGCCUGUGGAAUUCCAGGUUGGUGGGAGGAGCGUUGUGAACAAGGACAUUACGCAGAUGGUUGAGUUAAGGCCAGAAACUGAAAGGUUCUUGAGACUGUUAGAGCUACUUAAAGAGUGGUCUGUGAAGGGUAAGAUUUUGAUAUUCGCUCAGACGCAGGAGAAAUGCAAUUUGCUACAUAGGGAUUUGUUAAAGCAUGGCUUUAAAUGCCUUCUUUUUCAUGGUGCUAGGGAUCAAAUGGAUCGCGAGUCAGCAAUUUCCAACUUUAAGAUGAACGUCUGCAAUGUGAUGACUGCCACGAGUAUUGCUGCCCGAGGUUUGGAUGUGAAGGAGCUUGAACUGGUGAUUAACUUUGAUGUUCCAAACCACUACGAGGAUUAUGUUCAUCGUGUUGGUCGAACUGGGCGAGCUGGUCGCAAAGGUUGUGCAAUCACUUUUAUUUCUGAGGACGAUGCGAGAUAUGCGCCAGAUCUUGUAAAAGCAUUACAACUCUCUGAGCAAGUUGUUCCGCAAGACCUGAAAGCUCUUGCUGAUGGUUUUAUGGCAAAAGUGAAUCAGGGACUUGAGCAAGCCCAUGGAACCGGUUAUGGCGGAAGUGGUUUUAAAUUCAAUGAAGAGGAGGAUGAAAAGAUGAUAGCAGCAAGGAGAGCACAACUAAAGGAAUAUGGCUAUGACGAAGAGAAGCCCGAGUCAGAAGAUGAAGAUGACGGUGUGGUCCGUAAGACAGGUGGUGGUGAUGUUUCACAGCAUAAUAAUAAUGCCCUUGCUUCUUCUGCUUCCAUAGCAACGCCAACAAUUAAUAUCACACCUGGAGCUCAAGCUAAGGCACUUGCUGCUUCCAUCAACAUUCAUCAUAACAUUGCAAAGAUUCUUGCUGAUGCGAUGCCUGAACGUCAUGAAGCAGAGCUCGAGAUUAAUAAUUUCCCACAAAAUGCUCGGUGGAAGGUUACCCGAAAGGAAACAUUGGGCCUGAUUUCUGAAUGGACUGGUGCUUUCAUCACUACCAGGGGACAGUUCUUCCCGCCAGGUCAUAUUCCAGCUUCAGGGGAUCGAAAGCUGUACUUGUUCAUCGAGGGUCCUAGUGAAACGUCUGUUAAGAGAGCUAAAACAGAGCUUAAAUGUGUUUUGGAAGACAUCAUGAACCAGGCAUUAUCACUUCCUGGAAAAUACUCACUAUAAGUGUAAGUUAUGCCGCUGUUUCUGUACAGAACAUGAUCAGUAGUUUUAGUGGUUUUCUGUUACAUUGUAUGCAAAUAUUUAAUGUCCUUAACUUUUUAUUGGUUUGAAUAUUUCUUUCACUUUUUCCAAAUGCUUUUGGGUUGCUUAUUUUUAUGCGUUGUUAGAGCUAUUUAAUUCUUUGUUUUUGCUUGUUAGUUAAUUAUCUUGCCAUUUUUUUUCUAUCUUCGCCUUUUAAUUUCUUUCUUUUUCCUGGCUUUUAUGUUGUUUACUGUUUCUCCAAUGGGGACCGAGGGAUGAUUUUGGGCUAUGCUCGCAUGUCCAAUACACUUUCUGCUUCAGUAGCUGUUGAAGAGACGGCCAUUGUUUUCCAAUUGGUCGAACACAAUAGAUUGCAACUUUUAGCUGAUGGAAACUUGAAAGUUUGUCUCUUUGGACCUUGAGAGGGUCCGAAAUUGGUAAUGCCUGCGACUGUGAGGUGUUUUUCUCGAAAGACCCUUCUGCUACAUCACGACCUUACUGCUGCCCAACGUUUUCCUGCUUUCAGGCGUUAUCUCUAUUGCUUGCGAUAGUAUUGCGAGCAUUGAGUUCCUCGUACCUCAGGGUCAGGGAUUCACUCAGGCAUCUGGUUUUGAUAUUUGUUGAUCUUAAUUGAAAAUUGAUUGUGUUACUGAAAGUAAAUUAUUCGGUGAACUUAUUGUUGGGAAUAGAAAAAAUGAAUUCUCAAUAGGCAAUCAAAAUAUUGUCAUCCCAUUGUGGAACUAUGCUAAA